UAUAGAUUUCUUCAAAAGGAAAUUUUCCCCACAACAAUAUGACCCAAACGACGAACGACCCAGCAUCUGCCCAAAGAUCCUUCGCGUAUACGGGAAGAGCUUGGUGAACCGUGACUUUCCUAUUCCCAAAGAACCGGAUAUGCCGCGAGCAAAGGAUGCCGUUUCUACUGAAAGACACAAGGAUAUCGCCCUUCACCAUUUAAUUCGUUCCAAGGGGACCAAAAUAUCUAAAGACAUUUUAGAACUGGAUGCCAAAUUUAAAUCUUAUUUCGAAAACCCCGUUAAGAAUGACGUUUCUCUUGCAAUAAUAAACCGCUACAAACGGCUUGUGGCGAAAGCGGAAGAGGAUGAAAUAAAGCAGCAUGAUGUCAUCUUGUGCACGUGCACCACGGCCGGAAGUAAUGCCGUUCUAAGAUCAGGGAUUAUAGAGCAAAGCAUUGUGGAUGAAAGCGGCAUGUGUGUCGAGCCUGAUUGUCUUGUACCCAUCGUGCACUCAAAAGCUAAGCAAAUCGUGCUCAUUGGAGACCACAAGCAACUAAGACCGAUAGUACUGAAUCAGCUUGCGCGGGACAUGGGGUUGGAAAGGUCUUUGUUUGAGAGAUACGCUAAGCAGUUUCCUGAGCAAACAAUCAUGCUGAACAUGCAGUACAGAAUGCAUCCAGAUAUAUGCGACUUUCCGUCGAGUGAAUUUUACGGUGGCCAACUGUAUAGUCAACCUGGUCUGAGGUUUUCCAGUGACCCGAUGUUCAGGGAUUUCACCCCAGCAGCCGAAGUCCUUUGGCCAAGAAUAAGACAAGAUCGAAGACAAAGAAGGCGGGUAGAAGACAAACGCUUCGUGAUGUGUCACGUAGAGGGCGAGGAGGAGAGUCUGGUUAUUUCGACAGCAGAGGGCGGAGAAAUGUCCAAGAAAAACCAGGCUGAGAUACAGGAAGUGAAACGCAUCUACAACAUCUUGGUGAGCAAGACAUCCCUGAAGUUACCCAAAGCGAACAUAAUGGUACUGUCUCAAUACAGGGCGCAAGUCAACGAGAUCGAGAAGGCGCUAAAAGGACAUGGCGAGGGUGUUCAAGUCAGCACGGUGGUGGCUAGUCAGGGUGGAGAAUGGGACAUCGUCAUCUUCAGCACUGUCCGCUCCAUCCCUGAGUACCAGAUUGUUGAAAGGCCGACCAAGGGCUGGUGUAAGGUCAACCUUGGCUUUAUAACAGAUGACAACCAGAUUAACGUGGCACUAACUCGCUCAAGAAGGUUCCUGAUUAUCAUUGGGAAUAAGAAACUGCUUAGAUGCAACCCCACGUUGGAAAAAUUGAUAUCACAUUAUGAACAUUAUGGGAAAGUUAAAGAUGCUGGCAAGUUUCUUCCAAUGGGCAUUAAAGGAACACAAUUUUACGAGAAAUUGCCUCCGAGAUUGCAAAGGAAGCUUGAUGCUGGGGAAUAUUAUCAGGAAGAAAGACAACGCUCAGACGAAGGAUAUAACGAAGUAAAAUUUGAGGAGGAAGAGGAGCUUUAAAAGACUCUUUCUGACGUGAGACUUCCAAGAGGCCAAUUGUAAUUGCUCUUAUUGCCUUAUGGUUGUUACCUAACUUAUGAUCAUGGUAUAUGAAAUAGAAUAACGACCUACAAGUACCGAAAAAGCCCAAUGGUGUAAAGUCGAUGAUUUUAUUGCCAAGAAACGAUGCCUCUCAAUUAUCAAAGUAUUACAUAUCACAUCUUAUUUUUAUGAAACAAUGUAAUACUUGGGGAAGGAAUGCGGGUUUUACACGAUAGUUUCUUGAUAGGAAGUCACGUUCUCAUUUAUUUUUAGAUAAAAUAAUUAGAUCAGGAAGAGGGAGGCAUUAAAAACGCUGAAUGCCAAGGUUAUUAUUAUUUUUAUUAUUAUUAUUAUUAUUAUUAUUAUUAUUAUUAUUAUUUAGGUAAACAACAUUACUUAGUCUCGUUUUUUCGAUAUUCGGAAUAUUGACACUGUAAGGUAAUGUCUGAAUCAAUCAACUGCUGAUACUGUAAUACAUGCAGCAGUUUGAGGCUGGUUAAAGGGGUAACAACUUUUCGUAUGAAAUCUAUAUUUCACAAUAGAAACAUUGUAAAAAACUCAAGAAAAUAUUAUAUAUUCUA